AUGCUUCGCAAGAAAGAGGUCUACACGACUGUCACCCCAAUCCCGGGCUUCAUCCCCCGCCAGCUCGGUAUCGAUAUCCUCCAUUCCCACUCCGAGGUCAUCACCCUCAACCCCCUCGUCCUCGACCACAAACCCAUCAAGGCGCCCCGCGAUGCCGCCUCCGACGAGUACUACUCAACAUGGUACGAAAUCACCGAGCGCAUCCAGUACAUCCCGGGCAUCGGCAAGAUGGGUUCCGGCAAGAUCAGCUUCAACGGCUGCUUCCACGAUAUGCCCUGGGGCUUGCAGACACAUACCUACGCGCCCAUGAACAUCGACAUCCGGAUCAAGUACAAAAUCGACGGCAACCAACCCGGCGUCGAACCGCCCCAGCCGCCCGAAAUCGGCAUGUCCGGGCUCGGUGUCCCAGCUGAUGGACUGUAUCUGCGCGAGGAUAUCGAGAUCCGCUGCAACAUCACCAUGGUCAACUUUGUCAAGGCGCAGCUCAAGACGGCGAGCAAGGAAAUGGUGUCUAGGAUCAUCAAAAAGGCAGAGCUGCUCGACGCCGGCGUGCUGCAGGCCAUGAUCACAGACGGGAAACUCACGACCAUCAACCCGGCCGACCGCACCAGCACAGGCAUGUCCGGCGCGCAUUCCCCGUCAUUCAACCAGCGCCCCGACUGCAGCCCGAGGCCGGAAUCCAAGUCGCCGACAACACCCUAUCAAGUCCCAAGACCGGUAUCGAUGCAACAUUUCCGCCCUGGCUCGCAGGGCAGCUAUGGCGCACACCAGAAUCAACCGUCGGAGCUCUACUCCCAGCACAGCGCACCACCUCAAACAUCCUUCAUCGCCGAACUCCCCGGAAACUUCUACCACCCGCAGCAAUCCUCUAACAAUCUCCAACCCCCGCAGCCAUCUCCGGGCCUACAGGGCGAUCGUGACUCCAUGUCGCAACAAUCACAACUCUCCCCCGACCCAAACUCAUGGCGAUGGUCUCAGGGUCAGCCGAGCCCAUCGCAACAGAGCUCGCGGCCGACGAGCAUGGCGUCGUCCGAGGCGAGCAGCGGGUACGCCAGCCCCGCGCUUGAUCACAAGGGUUUCUCGUCCGAGUUGCCCACACACCCGGAGACGCAGGAGGAGCACCGCGGGGAUGCGCAUGCCAAGGCGGCAGAGGCGGCGCAGCACAGAGUCAAGGGUCCGCAGGCGUAUCCGUCGUAUGGGCAGGCUUAUGCUUAUAAUCCUGCGGACUAUGCGCCGAUGAGUAGAUGA